UUUCUCAGCUUCUCUUUGGAAUUUGAUGGCAUUCUUUUUUUUUCCAUGCUAUAUAUUGGUACUUUAAAACAGAAAUCAUCUAGCCAUUUAGAGGCAUGCUCAUACUCAAAGUCAUAGCUUUCUUUGAUUCUCAAGAGAACAAAACAAAAGCUCAUAAUGUAUGAGUAGCCAGCCACUUGUCAAGUAUUAGUAAAAAGUAUCUAACUGUUAUUAAGGAAAAAAAUGAAAGAAGAUCUACUCCAUGGAUUUUUUUUUUUUUUUUUGAAACAUUACUCCAUGGAUUCAAAUUUUGGAAACACAUCAUCUAAUGGUUAUUAUUACUGAUUUUAUUUUUUUUCUUAAAAUUAAUUGUAAAAUAAAUGUUCAGUUAUGAUUUUCCUUGCUUGUAGAAUAUAUUGUUCAGUAAUUUAAAUAUUGAAUUAUCAGUUUCAAAUUUUCAAAUUUUAUAAUUCAAUGUAAAGAGUAAAAUUUGAAGUAUGUUUUCAAAAAUUACAAGUAGUAAAUGGUAAUUGGUGAGAUCUCUCACAAGAUAUCCGGCCUUUUAUAAAACCAGGUGAUGUAUUAGUUCUACUCUUAAAUUCUAUAGUCAAGUAAAAAAAUGGAAGAAAAAGAGGAAAAUCCACACGAGCGAUUGAAGCAGAAGCUGAGUGAGCUUGAGAAAGUAUGGACCGCAAUGAAAGAAGGCAAAAGCUCAUCUGCAGUUUCGUGUAUCACUGUGGAAGAAGCUCUUGAGUUAGUGGAAAACUCUCCAAGGAAGCUGAUGAUCUCUCUUCAACACGAUCAAGAUGGUCCAGAGGCAGAGAUGAGAUCACCCUAUAGGAGAAAACUCUUUCACGACUCUGAUGAUAAUGAUGAUGAUGAGACGAGAACGACAAGGUUGUCUCAUUCGACUUGUUGGUCUUCGAAUGUAAUGAGAGCUGGAGAUAAUAGUAAUAAUAAUAAGAUUAACAAGAAGCAUGAGAAGAAGAAGAAGAAGAAUAGAGGAAGUAUUGUCUGUGUUUGUGUAAUUGUUCUUUUGCUAUGGGUUUUGGUUCUGUUGUUGAUCAACGGCUUUGAUCAACUCUCCAUGAACAUGAACAGAGAGAUCUAUAGUUUGGUACCUACCUGAAUUUUGUUUUUGAGAAAGAAUAUGCUUUAGAACUCAAUAAAACAAAUUGGUUUUUGUUUUAUAUUAUUAAUCCUCGCUUAUAUUCAAGAAUCUCAUCAAGGUUUGAUGUAUUUUUGGGCCAAAACGGUAACACUAAACUUGAUUUGAUUUGACUUGAGUUUAGAAAGCAAAGUCAAAGCAAGGUUUCUAAUAAGGAUUUCAUUAUAUUCGGACAUAGUAAAGACUAGGCAUGGGCAUUCGGGGUACCAAUCGGGUUUCGGUUUUAUCCAUUCGGGUUUUGGUUUUUCGGGUUUAUCAAAAUCAGUUCCAUUCAGGUUAUAUAAAAGUUCGGUUCGUGACCGGUUCGGGUUCUAUCGAAUUCGGGUCGGGGUUAGUAAAUCUUCAAAUAACCGGUAUAACCCAUUGUACUUUCGGGUUCGGGUCCCAAUCGGUU